UACGGCCCAAAGGCGUUGGUGGUUGGUGUCCGUCCGAAGAUGCGUUACUCUCCGGCAGCAUCAGUACCAGCUCCGCCGUGCUAAUAAACCAAAAACCGGGAGACAGAGGAGACAUACCGGCGGUCUUUGGAGCUGCAUCGGUGCCGGUGCACCUGAGCGGCAAGAUGGGAGACCAGAAGGAAUCUUUGCGGAAGAUCACCCACACGCUGGCCAUGAAGAAUGAGGAGAUUUCAAACUUCAUCUGCACCCUCAAACAGAGUCUGGACAACUUGGAGGCGAACUCCAGCCGGGUGCAGGAGGACCUGGAGUCUGAAUUCAGCUCCCUCCACGCCGUUCUGGACGAGAUGAAGGAAAACAUGCUGACUCGUAUCAAACAGGAGCGAGCCAGCCGCACGUAUGAGCUGCAGAGUCAGCUGAGCGCCUGUUCCAAAGCCCUGGAGAGUUCAGAGGAGCUGCUGGAGCUGGCUAAUCAGACACUCUGCUCCUCUGAGACGGACGGUUUCACUCAGGCGGCCAAAGACAUUAAGGAUAGCGUGACAAUGGCUCCAGCCUUUCGCCUCUCCCUGAAAGCUAAAGCCAGUGACAACAUGAGUCACUUGAUGGUGGAUUUCAGCCAGGAGAGGGAGAUGUUGCAGGGACUCAGAUUUCUCCCAGUUCCUGCUACUCCAGAGAUCCAGGUGUCAGAGUGCCAGGUGUGCGACAACACAGUGACCGUAGUUUGGACCUUACCAGAGCCUGACAGCAAGAUAGACCACUACAUACUAGAACACCGACGCACAAAUCACGAGGGUCCACCUCGCAUCAGAGAGGACUACCCCUGGAUGGUCGUGGAGGGGAUACGAGAGUUGGAGUACACAGUCACAGGUCUACGUUUUGACACCCGAUACAUAACGUUCAGAGUGAAAGCGUGUAACAAGGCUGUGGCGGGAGAGUUUUCUGAGCCAGUUACAUUAGAAACCCACGCGUUCAAUUUCAAACUGGAUGCUGCUUCAGCCCACCAGAACCUGAAGGUGGAGGACUUGAGUGUAGAGUGGGACAGCAGUGGAGGAAAGAUACAGGACAUCCGCAAAGACAAGAACCGAACCAACUCACCAAUGCAUUCCCCAGCCAGGUCAGCCCUGAUGUCUCCUAAGAGAGCACCGACCGCCCGGCCCGGCAGAGACAGGUUUACAGCAGAGUCCUACACAGUGCUGGCUGACACUAUGAUUGACGCUGGCCAGCACUACUGGGAGGUCCGUUUCGACAAGGAGAGCAAGGCUUUCGCCGUGGGCAUAGCCCUGCGGAGCCUCGGCCGGUUCGACCAGUUAGGGAAGAGCAGCGCUUCCUGGUGCAUCCAUCUGAACAACUGGCUGCAGCAGAGCCUCACAGCCAAGCACAACAACAAGGCUCGAACCCUUGAUUGUCCCAUCCCGAACAGCAUAGGAGUCUAUAUCAACUAUGAUGAAGGUAUUCUGUCUUUUUACAAUGCCAAAACUAAGCAGCUGAUGCACACCUUCAAAACCAAGUUUCAGCAGCCAGUUAUCCCGGCAUUCAUGGUGUGGAAUGGACAUUUCUCAGUAGUGACGGGCCUGCAGGUUCCCAGUGUGGUGCAGAGCGGCCAGAGGAAGAACAGCGGCACCAGCAGCUCCAACGCCAGCCUCACCUAGAUCCAUCCAUCCUCCUAGCCAGUUGGACAGCUCCCACCUCCACCCGGCCUCAGUCACUACUGCGGAUCAUCUCCUCUGCCCUGACUGCAGUCGAAGUCAUAUCGCAGAGGAGUUGCAUCACAAGAGUAUGAUGGUUUAAGCCUGUUCCACAUGCAGUGUCUGUGUUGCAUGGAGACAAACAUUAGCUUUGGGAACAGGUGGGUCUUGACUCUGGCUGUUGUGAUUGCUUGGGAUACAGUAGGUGUAGUUUUGCUAGGUUUCCUGCCUCUGCACAUUCAUAUAGCACUACUGCUGCUAGAGCAAUGAUUUAGCGCUGGCCGCUGUCCAUCCUUCUGUCAGCCAAACUGUCACGCAGCCAGCUGCAGGUUCAGGGUUGUGCUCUGUCCUGUCUGCUCUCUCUCCCCCUGUGCCUUCCUGCUCAUUUCCAAAAAGAUGAAAUCGGGUACAUUAAUAUUUCAGAGCAAGAAAUAGCUUCCUGUUUCAAUUUAAAGCCAUGCUAAAAUAUCUUGGGUUAGUGGUUAUCACCUGCUGAAUUUGCUUCUGCCCAUCAACCAUCAUACAGUAUAUAACCCAAAUAACGUGCUCCUACACAUGGUUACUGAACUGAGUGCAGUUCAUCAGUGAAUUGCUGCCAGCAGCUAAUAGAUGUAAGAAAUUAAUACAUGUUAGGAAUGCUGAAUUUGAUUUCUUGCCCAGACAUGCAGACUUAACAGUGUUUACUGCAUUUCACAUUGUAGUCAGGAUCCACACUUUGGGUCCUUUUGCCUCCUGUUGAUGUUUUGUUAGUUUUAAAUCAGUGUUAACUGUGGAGGAGUCUGUCAUACAGACUGAAAGUUAGAGGCAACUUCCUUCAUUUUAACUCCUUGUAGUGAAGUGAGCAUUCACAUGUGGCUUCAGGAUUUUUUGAAAUGAUUGUACUGUACACUCACUUAACUGCACUCUUAAUGCUUGUACCUGUAUAUCUAAUAACACCAUUUCUUUUGCAGCAAAGAGUUCCCAUUAUGAGUAGUGCACUGCCUUUAGUCCAGAAUAUAACAAAUAGCUAGGCAGUAGCUUGAUCUAAUAAAUUGUAUAAUGAAAGUUAGUCAUUUAUGAUUCACACAGGUCAGAAACUAAAGUGAUAAACCCUGAAAACUUAGUCUGAAGUCUGUUUUUGUGCACCGCCCGACCUCCGAGAAGCAUCCACGUCAUGCUGUGUGCAGCACAUGGUAACAGUGUGUUGCUUUGCCAUGUUUCUCCCUCUAUAUGUGUCCCCUGAAUAAUGUAGCCUGCAAUGCUUUAAAGAAGCGAGAAUUAUGUUGACUUUAUUUCACAUGCUGACAGAUGUCACAGUUUA